AUCAUACAUUCAGAAAACAUUUCGGCAACAAAAUAUGCAUCGAAAAAUCAGCUCUGCAGUUCAGUUCAUAUCCAUCAUCUCAGCAUUUUCCCUCUUACAUGAAGCUGCAGCAUCUGUAGCAAAGCCUAAUUGCCCUGAUAAAUGUGGCAAUUUGACAAUUCCUUACCCGUUUGGAAUCGGAGAAGGCUGUUACCUUAGCCAAUCAUUUGAGCUCACUUGCAACACUUCAUCAUAUUCUGCUACCUUAAUAAGUUUUGAGUCCAAGGUGUAUGAGAUUGAACAAGACCAUGUUGUUAUUGAAGGUCAGCUUGUUCCCUUCCGCUACAAUAAGUCAUCUGGCCAAAGCCGGCAUACAGUAAUAUAUUCCCCAUUCAGAGGUGAUUAUCAGUUUAGUUUUUCACAUACUGGGAACAAAUUUGUAGCCAUUGGAUGUGAUAUAUAUUCUUAUAUCAUUGAUCCGAUAACUGCUCAUAUUGUUGGCGGUUGCCCAUCCUUCUGCCGUAAUUCAUCCAUUAGUUUGUUGCCUCCUCCAUCAUCUUGCUCUGGAUUUAAUCGUUGCUGCCAGACCACUGUCCCAAUGGAACUCAGGAUGAUGCUAUUGUCCGUGCAUACCAUGAACACCUUUCAAAAAUCAUGGGAGUCUGAUCUGUGUAGCUUUCUCAUGAUUGCACAUAAGGAUUUCUCCGACUUCAACAAGUUUAACUUUUCGAGUUGUAAAGGCAGCGAUGGGGUUCCUACAGUUCUGAACUGGGGAAUUGGAAAUAUUAGCUGCCAUGAAGCUGUGGAAAAGAGCAGUUACGUGUGUGGAGAAAACAGUCAAUGCAUAAAUUCAAGUACUGGAGUCGGAUACUCGUGUAGAUGCUUGCAAGGUUUUCGAGGGAAUCCUUAUCUCCACGACGGUUGCCAAGAUAUCAAUGAGUGUGAAUCUCCUGAAAAGAAUAAGUGCCCUAAGGACGCUAUCUGCGUUAAUUCUCCUGGCAGCUACUACUGCACUUGUCCACCAGGUUACCGCAGGGGGAAAUAUUUUGGUCCAUCAUCACCACAUGCAUGCCUACCAGAUGGAGUGAAACGGAAAUUGGUUGCAUUCAUCUCGUUAGGCAUUGGACUUGCAAUUGGCUUUCUAAUCUUGGCAUUAGGCUGCCUUUGGACGCACCGUCACCUGAAGAAAGUAGAAGAUGACAGAGCCAAAAAGAGGUUCUUCAAAAGAAACGGUGGUUUGUUGCUACAACAAAAGGUAUCUUCAAGUCAAGGAAAUGUAUUAGAAGCAAGGCUUUUCAUCACACAAGAGCUGGAAAAGGCUACAGACAAUUUCAAUGAAAGCCGUAUUCUAGGCAAAGGUGGACUUGGCACCGUCUACAAAGGAAUGCUAUCAGAUGGAACUAUUGUUGCUGUGAAAAAAUCAAACAAAAUUGAUCAAGAAGAAGUGUCGCAGUUUGUUAAUGAAGUCGUCAUCCUCUCACAAAUAAGUCAUAGACACAUAGUGAAAUUGUUAGGUUGUUGUUUGGAAACCGAAGUUCCAUUACUUGUAUAUGAAUAUGUGUCAAAUGGCAGCCUUUGGCACCAUCUCCAUGAUGAUCCUAGUGGUAGGAUGAUCACUUGGGACAAUCGUUUGUGUAUUGCCACAGAAGUUGCGGGGGCGCUUGCUUAUUUGCACUCAUAUGCUUCUACAGCCAUUUUCCACCGGGAUAUAAAGUCAAGCAACAUAUUGUUGGAUGAGAACUACAGGGCUGUUGUCACUGAUUUUGGGAUUUCAAGGUCAGUACCUACUGAUAAAACACACUUAACUACGCUAGUCGGAGGCACAUUUGGUUACCUAGACCCUGAAUACUUCCAGUCCGGGCAACUCAAUGACAAAAGUGAUGUUUAUGCCUUUGGUGUAGUUCUUGCCGAACUUCUAACAGGCCAAAAGGCUGUGUCUUCUGAUAAAUCUGACGAAGGUUUGGUUAUUAAGUUUCGUUCUGCAAUAGAGGAGAACCGAUUGUUUGAAAUUUUGGACAGGAUAGUUGCAGAUGAAGGCUUAGAUGAGGAAAUUCUUGCGGUUGCUAAGCUUGCAAAAAGAUGCCUAAAACUCAAUGCUAGAAAAAGGCCAAGCAUGAAGGAGAUAGCUGCUGAACUUGAUCAACUGAGGAGGAUAAGAGAAGGGUCAAUAGGUAAAGAAAGUUUUCAGAGUGGUUACUGCUCAGUGAGUCAAAGAUCUCAUAGUUGCAAUGUUGAUUUAACUACUGAAGAUGGCCCAGAGGAAGAUGCACCGCUGGAUGUUUUCUGUAGAGUAUAAGAACUCUUGUGAUUUUGUUGUUGCAUACUUGCAUGUUUUCUGUAAAUUGUUGAAUCAUUCAUCACUCGUGUCUGAAUUCUUCUGUUUUCGGUAGUUUUGGGACUUU